UUAUAGAUUAGAAGUAGCCAAAAACUCUAUAUUGGGACAAAGAUCAUACCGUACAUAGUUUCUCUCAUUCUGUUUGUUUUGGUCACAUAUAAAUAUAAUCAAUCCAUCCCACAAAUCUCUCCAUUAUACUUAUACAGAUAAAUUCCCCAAAACCCAAAACUCGCUCCUCAGUCCUCACAGAUUCUCUCUGCUCCGUCAACCGUGCCUCUCUCUCUUUCUCACUCUCAUUCCAAUAAGGCGGCAAAAACCAAAAUAUCUCUCUAUCUCUUUCUCUCUCUAAAAUAUCUUCAAUGGCGGCUCUUUCUGGUUUGUUUUGUUAGGGUUAUAGAUUGAGUUGAAAAGGAGGAGGAGGAGGCUUUUGAUUGGGAAAUGGAAGAGCCAAGUCAGCUGAAACGGGCGGUGAUAGAUUCGACGGCGGGGGCGAUUGCCGGCGGUAUUUCGCGGACGGUUACGUCUCCAUUGGACGUAAUUAAGAUCAGAUUUCAGGUUCAACUUGAGCCUACAUCCUCUUGGCCUUUGCUUCGGAGCAAUUUGUCUGGAACAUCAAAAUACACUGGAAUGUUUCAAGCAACAAAGGAUAUAUUAAGGGAGGAAGGAUUACCGGGUUUUUGGCGUGGAAAUGUGCCAGCUUUACUUAUGGUUAUGCCAUAUACUGCCAUCCAAUUUACUGUGUUACACAAAUUGAAAACAUUUGCUUCAGGUUCUUCCAAGUCAGAGGAUCACAUUCAAUUGAGUCCGUAUCUGUCCUAUGUCAGUGGGGCACUGGCAGGGUGUGCAGCUACUGUUGGAUCAUAUCCAUUUGAUCUUCUACGAACCAUAUUAGCUUCACAGGGUGAACCAAAGGUGUAUCCAACCAUGAGGUCUGCAUUUGUUGACAUAGUUAGAGCUCGUGGCUUCCGAGGGUUGUAUGCUGGAUUGUCACCAACACUGGUUGAGAUUAUUCCUUAUGCUGGUUUGCAAUUUGGUACCUAUGAUACAUUUAAGCGCUGGACUUUGGCCUGGAACAGGAUUAGAGCUUCUAACUCAGGCUUAAAUUGUACUGAAGAUGGAAUUACAAGCUUUCAACUUUUCCUCUGUGGAUUGGCAGCUGGGACAUGCGCCAAACUUGUCUGUCAUCCACUUGAUGUGGUAAAAAAAAGAUUCCAGGUUGAAGGACUACCAAGACACCCUAGAUAUGGAGCUCGAGUUGAGCAUCGUGCUUAUAAAAAUAUGUUUCAUGCUCUACGCCAAAUCUUGCAGAUGGAGGGUUGGGCUGGACUUUACAAGGGCAUAGUCCCAUCAACAGUCAAAGCUGCACCAGCUGGUGCUGUAACAUUUGUAGCUUAUGAAUACACGUCAGACUGGAUAGAGUCCAUUUUGACUUGAAACUAACCUGAUUUUUUCCCCUUUUCAUCCAUUUUUGUUUCAUUCUUUUCCCAUGGCGAUAGUUAUAAGUCUUCAUAGAAGUUAAGGAUAGGGGAAUUAUUAUUUUUUGAUUGAGUCACCAUUAUAGGCCACAAAAUUAUAGUUUUAGAGAUGUCAAAAAUUUGCGGCUGAAGCAAAACUGAAACUUGUAGUUCUAUUUGAGACUGAAUGGUAUAUUUUAAACAGCAUUAGUUAUUCAGCUCCU